CUCUCUCCCGUUUUAACAUAUAUUCCCUCUCUCCACGUUUGCCCUUUCUCUUACCUCGCCUCAAGCAAUCAAAAGGGUUUUUCUUGGCUCCGUUAGCUCACACCGAUCAUCCAUGGCAAACAACUCUUCUUCCGAUUCUCGCCACGGCCUCUCCGUCGCUCCUCUUCACCAGAUCUCCAAAGAUAUGCAAGGAUCUGACAAUACCAUACCUCUUUCACCGCAAUGGCUUCUGCCAAAACCAAGUGAGAGUAAGUCUGGAGUAGGAGUUGGGGAAAGCCAUUUCAAUGCAAUUCCACCAUUUGGAAAUCGCUUGGAGAACAUGAAGUUAUCAGGAAAUGGUGAGGAGAUGCCUGAUGCCCAGAAGAAAAAAGAUGUUUUCCGUCCCUCCUCGCUUGAUAUGGAAAUUGGUCGUCGUGAUCGCUGGCGAGAAGAAGAAAGAGACCACAAUUCCUCCUUGGUCCGCAAAGAUCGUUGGAGGGAUGGAGAGAAAGAGGUUGGUGACACCCGGCGGAUGGAUCGCUGGAUGGACAAUUCAUCAGCCAGACAUUAUGAGCCACGCCGUGCUCCUUCUGAGCGCUGGACCGAUUCUGUUAACAGAGAGACCAACUAUGAUCAGCGGCGGGAGAGCAAGUGGAAUACACGCUGGGGUCCUGAUGACAAGGAGACAAGUGCACGUGACAAGUGGAUGGACUCUGGAAGAGAUGGUGAAUUGCCUCUUGAAAAAGGGUUGCCUCAUCCUCCUAGUCAUGGAAAGGAUGAGAGGGAGGGUGAUCAUUACCGGCCUUGGAGAUCUAACUCCUCUCAAAGUCGAGGAAGGGGAGAGCCCCCUCAUCAUCAGACUUUAAUGUCAAAUAAACAGGUUCCUACAUUUUCUCAUGGUCGUGGACGUGGGGAAAACACUCCAAGUUUCCAUUCCCAAUCUUGGGGAGCCACCGUGCUGCACAAGGGUGAAAGUGGGCCUUUAAAAUAUAGUAGGACAAAAUUGCUUGAUGUGUACAGGAUGACUGACAUGAAAUUAUUUAGCAAACUAUUAGAUGGGUUUGUCCAAGUGCCUUCUCUUACACAGGAAGAAGCCUUGGAGCCGCUGGCACUUUGUGCCCCUAAUUCUGAGGAAAUGGCUGUUUUGAAAGGAAUUGACAAAGGUGAUGUCGUAAGUAGCGGUGCACCUCAGAUAUCUAAAGACAAUUCUUUGGGACGGAACUUGGUAGAUUUACAAUCAAGACGAGCCAAACUUGGCAGUAGAGAAGAUGUUUCAUUUCCUAUUGACAAUGCUAAAGAUGAAAGUGUUGACAAUUCAAAAGUUGGUUAUGGAAAUUACACAGAGGUAUCUUCCCAGGAAAGGCAGACACAGCAUCAUGGAUCCAAUACAGAAUUGGAAGCCAUGCUUUCUCAUAAGGUUAUUCAGGAUAACAAAUUAAAAGCUGAAGUUAUUAAAGAAGAUACUGCUGCUCACAGAAGGGUUGAUGAGGCACCCACCAGCAAGGAAUCAGCUUUGCAGGGAAAUAGUACUGAGCAUCCUGGGACACCUUGGAGAGCCCAAUCACUGGGAGAACAGUUGCAUAUGGCCAUGCAUGACUGGAGAGAGAUUCCUAGUGAUGGCAGGUCAAGGACCCCUGAGAUGGGCUGGAAUCAACCUCAGAAAGAUCUGGCUAAUCAGUGGGAGAGUAAUUUGGUUAGCUCUCCCUAUCUCAAAGAUGAAGCAAAAUGGCAAGCCAGUGAAGAUCCAAUGAUUAAGAGGCAGCCAUCUGUAGUUUUGGAUAGGGAAAAAGAAGCCAAGAAGCUUUCUCAGCCCUCGCCAGAGAAUCUAGUUCUUUACUAUAAAGAUCCUCAGGGUGAAAUUCAAGGUCCUUUUUCUGGUAGUGAUAUUAUUGGAUGGUUUGAGGCUGGAUAUUUUGGGAUAGACUUGCAAGUUCGGCUUGCAAGUGCAUCAAAGGACUCACCAUUUUCAUUACUUGGCGAUGUGAUGCCUCAUUUGCGGGCUAAGGCAAGACCGCCACCAGGGUUUAGUGCACCAAAACAAAAUGAAUUCACAGAUACAGCAAGUAGAUCUCACUUUAGUAGCUUUGGAAAUGUUCAUUCUGGAUUAAGCGAGCUUGAUCUGGUAAGAAAUGAACCAAGGCAGAAACCUGUUUCGACAACAGAAGCUGAAAAUAGAUUUUUGGAGUCACUCAUGUCUGGAAAUAUGAGCAAUGCAUCUCAAGGUUUGCAGGGAUAUAUUGGAAACAGUUCUGCUGGUAUUUCCCCAUCAGGUGUUGAUGGUGGAAAUGAUCUGUACCUCUUGGCAAAGAGAAUGGCACUUGAACGUCAGAGGUCAUUACCUAAUCCUUAUCCAUAUUGGCCUGCGAGGGAUGCUGCAACUGUGGCUUCGAAGUCGGAAGUUCUCUCAGACUCUCCGAUGCAACAUGCAAAACUCUUAUCUUCUUUAACUGACAAUUCUCAUCAACCCCCUCAUUCUCAGAAUGCUGACCUGAUGUCCAUCCUCCAAGGCUCUGCCUCUGGCAUUAAUAAUGAUGUUACUGGUUGGUCAAAUUUCCCCGUCCAAGGUACCCUUGAUUCUCAUCAGGAUACUGAUUUGCAUCAUACUCAGAAUUUUCCCCCACAAGCAACCUUUGGACAACAGCAGAGGCUUCAGCCACAGAGACCACCCUCCUUGACAAAUAUACUCAGCCAAGCAAUAGAUAGUUCAUCUGGUCUUUUGACACCUGAAACUUUACUACCCCCCAGUUUAUCUCAAGAUCCGCAAUUACUAAAUAUGUUGCAACAGCAGUAUUUAUUGCAGUUACAUUCCCAGACUCCUCUUCCAACUCAGCAGAUGUCAGUGUUAGAUAAGUUUUUGUUGCUUAAACAACAGCAGAAACAGGAGGAGCAGCAACAGUUGCUGCGACAACAGCAGCUGCUUUCUCAGGUUCUGUCAGAGCAUCACUCUCACCAACGUUUUGGAGAGCCACCAUAUGGACAGUUCCAUUCUUCUGCAAUAGCUACAGGAAACACAUCUGUUGAUUCUUCUCGGCUUCAGCCAUUAAAAGAAAUGCUGCAGAUUGGUUCUCAGAUACCUGUUUCAAAUUAUCAAGAAGAACACCCCCCUGGUUUGAUGAAUUUGCCUCCACAAGUUACCCAGGAUCUCAGUUAUAAUGUUGAUUCUGGAGUGUCCUCUUUCCAACUUCCACACCAGAUGUUUGGGAAUGUUAAUAGUAAAAAAAAUUGGGGUACUAUUCUUACUGAACAGAAUGAUGAAAUGCACCAGAAGGAACCUUUGCCAGUAUCGUCACCAGUAGGGAUUUCAUCUUCAUUGGAGUUGACGGAUAAAUAUACGCAGGAGCAUUCUGUUGUUCAUGAACGUUUAGAUGCUUCUCUUUCUGUGGAGCAGACAUCAGAUGACACUGGGAGAACUGAAGAAACUUCUCAGGUUGCAGUGCCGGAGGUUGCUGCCAAUGCUGUACAACCAGAGUCUCCUGAAAUCUCUGUUAGUAAACCCUUAUCAGGAACUUUUGAGGAUGAAAUUACAAAGAUAGAUGGCACUCUUAUUGAGCAGCAGAUUGAAAAAGAAAGGUCCAGUGAUGAGCCCUUAGUGCCUGCGGGGGCAGAAGUUAAAAAAGUUGAAGUUCGCGAGGCGAGAAAAGCUGCUGAGAAGAAAUCCAGAAAGCAAAAAUCUGCUAAGUCAAAGUCGACAGACCAAAUAAAGGGAACAUCAAAGAAUUCCUCAGUGCAGCAAAUAAAGCAACCAGAAAGUGAAAUGCUAAAUGUUGGUGACAACAAAUUUGAGUCUCAUAAUGGAACAGGAGAAAUUUUUCAUGGCACAACUCCAGAAAAGAUGACAGACAACAAAGAUGGGAUUUCUUCUGUGGAAAUCAAGGAUUCUCAACGAGUCAAAAGUUUGUUAUCUUCACAUUUCAUUGUAGAUGCUGAAAUGACAAAAAAUGGUGAAUCUAAACCUGCUGGGUCUGUUCCAAUUCACAAUGCCCAGGUGAACUCAGGUCAACGAGCUUGGAAACCUGCUCCUGGUUUCAAACCGAAAUCAUUGUUGGAAAUCCAACUGGAAGAACAGAGGAGGGCACAGACAGAAGUAGCAGUUUCUGAGAUCACCACUUCUGUGAAUUCCAUGAAUUUGUCAACUCCUUGGGCUGGGGUUGUGGCCAGUUCAGACCCAAAGAUUUCCAGAGAAACUCUGAAAGAUGCAAGUAACAAUGAGUUAAAUGUGGGGAAACCUGAAAUUGCACCUAAUUCAAAGAGCAAGAAAAGCCAGUUACAUGAUCUAUUGGCAGAAGAAGUUUUGGCAAAGUCUAAUGAUAAGGAGAUGGAAGUUCCCGAAAAUCUGUCUAGCUUGCCUUCCCAGCAAUCCACAAUGACCAAUAUGGAAUCUUUAGAUGAUGAUAACUUCAUUGAGGCUAAAGAAACUAAAAAGAGUCGCAAAAAGUCAGCUAAAGCUAAGGGUACUGGCACCAAGGCAGUAGUGCCCACAAACACUGAUGUGCCUGUUAGUUCGAGUCCUAUUGAGAAAGGAAAAAGUUCUCGUCUUGUGCAACAAGAGAAGGAAGUAUUGCCUGCAAUUCCUUCGGGCCCUUCUCUAGGAGAUUUUGUUUUUUGGAAGGGAGAGUCGACAACUAAUUCCCCGUCUCCAGCAUGGUCGACUGACACCAAGAAGCUCCCUAAACCCACAUCUUUAAGGGACAUACUAAUGGAGCAGGAGAAGAAGGUUUCUUCUGUUCAGCCUCAAAAUCCAAUGACAACCCCUCAGAAACCCCAGUCUACUCAGGGUACUCUUGGAAGUGGUCCUUCAUGGUCACUUUCUGCUGCUUCUCCCUCUAAGGUUGCUUCUCCUAUCCAGAUCAAUUCCAAUGCUGCUAUUCAGUCAAAAUAUAAAGGAGAUGAUGACCUUUUCUGGGGCCCACUUGAUCAAUCUAAGCAGGAGUCUAAGCAGUCUGACUUUCCUCAUCUGGCGAAUCAAGGCAGUUGGGGAACCAAAAACACCCCUGUAAAAGGAAGUACAAGUGGUUCAUUAAGCCGACAAAAGUCCAUGGGUAGCAGGCAUGCUGAACAUUCUCUUUCAUCCUCACCUGCCUCUGCUCAAUCAUCUCUUAAAGGGAAAAAAGAUACAAUUAACAAACAUUCAGAGGCCAUGGACUUCAGAGAUUGGUGUGAAAGUGAGUGUGUUAGACUUAUUGGGAUAAAAGAUACGAGUUUCUUGGAGUUCUGCUCGAAGCAAUCGAGAUCAGAGGCUGAGAUGCUUCUGAUAGAGAAUCUCGGAUCAUUUGAUCCCAAUCACGAGUUCAUUGACAAAUUCCUCGACUAUAAAGAGUUGUUACCAGCGGAUGUACUCGAAAUGGCCUUCCAGAGUCGGAAUGAUCGGACAGCUACAGCAUACAGUGGCGGAGAUGUGAAUUUUGACAAUGCAGGUGUUGGGGAGUCGGAACGUGAUAUUACAGUGGGAUACGAUGGAUCCUCAAAAGGUGGUGGAAAGAAAAAAGGGAAGAAAGGGAAGAAGGUUAGCCCUUCGGUUUUGGGAUUUAAUGUUGUGAGCAACAGGAUCAUGAUGGGUGAGAUUCAAACGGCUGAAGAUUAGGAGUUGUGAAAAUACAAUUUGGCUCAACUCCUAUCUGUAAAUGUUGUCUUAGGAUUUUUGUCUUUGGCCUAAUGACUUCUAAUUUUGGGCAAUUUUAUCCAAAUUGCUUAAGGAGGUUGAAAUUCUAUCUAAUUUUUGCUAACUGAAUCUUCAAUUUCAUUUCACAACUUAUGGUUACUUGUGAAUAUUCAGUCUUGUCAACUUUUUAUAGGAUUCAGUUGAAAUGAAUAUUAACGUAGGAAAAUUUUAAAUGCA